AUGUACUGGUUUGGUUGGAAAAUACAUCCGCAUGUAAAAAUAGAUGAUGUGUACCUAGUCCACGAUGGAGAUCUCAACGUUGAUGAUUUCAUGAAUGCCUUCGUUGAGUUUGCCAAAAUCAAUAAGACUUUCCAGCACCAAAAUCUUUUCAUCGGUGAUAAGAAGCUAGUGGACGAGGUGAUAAACUAUGUGCAAGGCAAUGAACAGAAAUUUGUCGGCAGCCCGCAUCCAACCAAGUUGUUCUACAUGACGGACUCUCAAGUUGAAGCUACCGCAAAAAUGAGGAACCAGCUACCUACUGGUUACGAGCUAGGUUCUGCUGAUUCGCUCGAUUCGGAGUUUAUCACCUCAAAGUGGCGACAUGCGAAGGAAGGUGACGUGGAAAAAACAAGGAAGAAACUCAGCCUUCUGCCCUCAAGCUGCAUUCGUUACGAGAAAAAGCCAGUGGCAUUUGAGAUGCUCUCGCAAUCUGGACAGCUCAACCAUCUAUUCGUGGUUGAAGAACAUCGAGGACAAGGUCUAGGACAAAUCGUCGAGUUGGAUCUUUGUGAAAAAACUGCAAGAAAUGACGUAUAUUUGGCCUAUAGAGGAGAGUUUGAUGCUAAAAACUUCAUGGAUGCAUUCGUUGUGUUUGCCAAGACUAACAAGAUUUUCCAACACCAAAUUUUGUUCGUUGGAGAGAAGAUGUUAGUGGAUGAGGUGGUAAAAUAUGUACAAACCAAAGAACAGAAUUUUGACGGUAGCGUGCAUCCGACUAAGCUGUUCUACAUGACAGACGCUCAAGUAGAAGCUGUUGGAAGACUCGACUUGAAGACCAAGCUACCAUCUGGAUAUGAGUUAGGUUCUGCUGAUCCGCUCACAGAUUCGGAAUUUAUCACCUCAAAAUGGCGACAUGCAAAAGAAGGAGACGUUGAAGAAACAAAGACAAAACUGAGCAUUCUGCCAUCAAGCUGUAUUCGGUACGAGAAAAGGCCAGCAGCAUUCGAGAUGCUCUCGCAAUCUGGCCAGCUCAAUCAUCUAUUCGUGGUUGAGAAACAUCGAGGACAAGGUCUGGGACAAAUUGUCGAGUUGGAUCUUUGUCAAAAAACUUCAAGACAUGAUGUGUACCUAGCCCACGAUGGAAAGCUCAACGCUGAUGAUUUCAUGAAUGCCUUCGUUGAAUUUGCCAGAAUCAAUAAGAUUUUCCAGCACCAAACUCUAUUCAUCGGUGAUAAGGUGCUAGUGGACGAGGUGGUAAACUAUGUCCAAGACAAUGAACAGAAAUUUGUCGGCAGCCUGUAUCCAACCAAAGUGUUUUACAUGACAGACUCUCAAGUUGAAGCUACCGCAAAACUUGAACUGAGCAGCCAGCUACCUGCUGGUUACGAGCUAGGUUCCGCUGAUCCGCUCGAUUCGGAAUUUAUCACCUCAAAGUGGCGACAUGCGAAAGAAGGUGACGUGGAAGAAACAAGGACGAAACUUAGCCUUCUGCCCUCAAGCUGCAUUCGUUACGAGAAAAAGCCAGUGGCAUUUGAGAUGCUCUCGCAAUCUGGACAGCUCAACCAUCUAUUCGUGGUUGAAGAACAUCGAGGACAAGGGCUAGGACAAAUCGUCGAGUUGGAUCUUUGUCAAAAAACUGCAAGGAUUGGUCUACAAGUAUUUAAGUGCAUCCUAGCAACAAACAAAUCGCUAAUCGAUUCUACUACUAGAUCUUCGCUGUGGACAAAGGCCAAAUAUGAUGAUAACAGCGAUUUUGUAUUACUGUAUUACGAAGCAUUAUGGAAAUAA